CUCAGCAGUCUCAUCGUCGUCUGGAGGACGGAUCUUUACGAUUGCCAUAGGGCAUGACUGGGGCGCUCACGAAUAUAUAGACACCUCUGGCUACUUGGCAGGCUUUCAUUUUGAUUUAAUUGACGCAGUUUGCACCGAGGCCGGCAUGGACUGUCGUACUGUAUGGGACAAGUACGUCAACUGCUGGGACUCCACCCCAGGACACCCUCUCACGGCGGCCAGGGUUUGAUGGGUCGUUGGUAUGAUGCUUGCACCGGCUGGUUUCCAACCAUAGGGAGAAUCCAGGUGUUCAGCUUUUCUUCGCCAUUCCUCAAGCCCCCAACCAGCUAUUUUUUUACGAAGACUGGGAACGCGGCUUCGUUUCCAUCCAGAAAUGUAGCUAACAAGAAAAUCGGUUUCAUUGAUGGUUGGGCUAGUGACGAGAAAUGUCUGGCUAAAUGGAUUGACGUCACGGGUCAGGACAAUAUGACCAUCGUCCACAUAGAAGCGGCCUUCGUGUCUGCCUUAGACAUGGCAGACUAUGUAUCCGAGGUUGAACAAGUCCCCGGGGCUGGGUUUUCUUGCAUGUUGUCCGGCAUUGGGAUGAUGACUAGGAAAGACAUCGAC